AGUAUGGAUGGUAGGUGCUGUACCGUAUGUACGGUACCUUACGUACUGCAUACACGAGCCAAAAAGCACCCCCGCAAUACUGGUAAGAAUCGCGAAGAAUCAUAGAAUCUCCGUCCCCCGCGACGGUCUGAUUUUCCACAUCCCCCCCUUUUUCAUCGUGUAUAGACCAAAUUAAGAUAUCUUCUUUUUUUUGGUCCUUCUAAAAUGGCUCCGAAUGACUCCAAGAAGCGCUUAGCGCUUGCCAUUAUCGACUUCCUGGGCUCCAGCUUGAAGGAUGGUACUCUUACAGCUGACGAUGCUGAGUCCAUCGAAAUUGCCCAGUCGUGCAUUGCAGAUACUUUCAAGGUCGACCCAACCGACCAGGCCGCCGUCAAGGAUGCUGUGGGUGGACAAUCGCUGGCGAACAUCUACAGUGUCUACGAGAAGCUCCGUAACAAGCCAUCGGGAGGCUCUACCCAGACUGCGACUGAGGAAUCAAAGCCCAAGGCCGGUACUCCCAACGCUGAAUCCGACAAGUUGAAGUCUGAGGGAAAUUCGGCCAUGGCCCGUAAGGAUUACAACAGUGCCAUCGAGCUGUACACCAAGGCCUUGACCAUCGCCCCCGCGAACCCGAUCUACCUCUCCAACCGGGCUGCUGCAUAUUCCGCAUCGGGUCAGCACUUGAAGGCUGCGGAGGAUGCAGAGCUUGCCACGGCCUCGGACCCUAAGUACUCCAAGGCAUGGAGCCGCCUGGGACUUGCUCGUUUUGACAUGGCUGACUUCCACGGAGCCAAGGAGGCCUAUGAAAAGGGUAUUGAGGCCGAAGGAAACGGUGGCAGCGAUGCUAUGAAGAGAGGUCUCGAGACUUCCAACAAGAAGAUUGAAGAAGCGAAGCGUGGCAGUGAACCUCCUGCGGAUGCCCUCGAUGAAGCUCCUGGAGCAUCUCGCGGCGGCGGUGGCGGCAUGCCCGACCUGUCUUCAUUGGCUGGUAUGCUUGGAGGUGGUGGCGGCGGUGGCAUGCCCGACCUCGGCUCUCUUAUGAGCAACCCUAUGUUUGCCAACAUGGCUCAGAAUCUGAUGAGCAACCCUGAUAUGCUCAACAACAUCAUGGGUAACCCGCAGGUGAGACAGAUGGCUGAACGCUUCGGCGCCGGCGGAGGCGGCGGCGGCGGCGGCGGUGGAAUGCCCGACAUGUCCAGCAUGAUGAGUGACCCUAACAUCCAGGAAAUGGCCCGUAACAUGAUGGGUGGUGGUGCUGGAAGAGGAAGCCAGUGAUUUCAUUUUACUCUCGGAGUUGUCACCGUAUAUUCUGAACUUC